AUGGGCAAGCGGAAUCAUUUGUAUAGAACGGGUAAGGGAUUUGGCAAGGUUUUGAAGGGUAAAAUCAACUUCAACUUACUAGAUAAAUUUAAUGAAAAUGUAGUGACUCUCGGUCGAUUUAAGAAUGUGAUUGACAGUUUUAUUCAUCAGUCAGUACUUGUAAAUAAUAAUUCAAAGAGUGAUGUGUGUAAAUAUUUUAUUUACAAAUUUUUAGAUUCAUUUCCUAAUGAAAGAUUUGUAAUGUUUGCUACAAACUCAUUUAACCAAUUAGAACAAUCAAGAAUCAUUUCCAAUGUGGCACAUUCGAUAACUUCAAACACAAGCAAUGGAGAAUUACAUGAUAUAUUAAAAGAAUUUCGAUCUCACAUUACUCCUGGAUUGUUAAUUUGCCAUCCACUAAAAACAAAGCUUAAUAUUCCUUUCGUUAAACAAAUAAUACACUAUGAUAUUCCAUCAAAUGCAUCAGAUUUGGUGGAUAGAUUAUCAAUAAGUAGAACUAAACUGGAGUAUGAUAGUGACGAACUGCUUAUGGGCAAUUCUCUAAUUAUCCAUACCAAAAAUGAUAUCAAUGAAUACAACAAUUUGAUGGCAAAUAUGUCCAACAAGUUCCAGCAAAUAGACGUUGUUGAUCAUUCUGUUUUGGUUAAAUAUUUCUUAAAUAGAUACCAAAAUGAAUUAAUCACUGGAAUUAACCUAAAGGUGGAUGUAUCAACGGCACAAUUGAAGAAUGCUGAAAUGUUGUUGCGUAUUCAUGGAAUCAGCAUUGUAAAAAGUGCAUUACACAAACUAGAUAAAUUGUCGAAUAAUGAUGCAUGGAGGUCCACAUUAAGCAGGCGGUACAAUUAUGCAAGUGUACUAAUUCGUGACCCAACUCAUUCCGUUAUCGUAUCUAGAUCACACUUAAAACAGUUAUUGAUGCUUCAUAUGAAGGAAAAGGUUAAUUUAGUUGGUAACAUUUCCCACACAAACGAAGGCUUUGUUGUUGAAAUGCCCAUUAUUUCGGCUUUAGAACUAGUGGAAGCACCUUUAACUGUCCCAAAGGAAUGGGAUGUACAAAGUGAUAUAGUUGCUGAGAUUUUGAAAAAACGCCCUAUGGAAUUGGAAAGUGAUAGAAAACGUAGAUUUAAUAAUGAAUCUAUUAUUAAACAAAUCAAAAGGAGAUUGGAUAGAGGUUACAUUGGCAACGCCAAGACCAAAAGAAAGCUGCUCAAAAAACUCGCAGCUGCCAAUGAAAGGAGGGAGAUAGCAUUGCUUAGAAGAAGAGCUAGACUAGGUCUAUUAGCUAACAAACUUUAA